CCGUUGCCUCUCGGGUCGCCUACUCAACGAAGAUGCGGUUGGUUGUCAAACCGAAUUAAUUAUCCGUUACUACCCAUUACCGACAAACCGCUGGAUGUUCUGCUCGUGGUGACCUUGUAUCUCUCCGACGUUGAGAACAUUCUCAAUAUUGUAUUUUCUUUCCCGACCGUUUUAUCCUGCCUGUCUCCAGUCUGUAGUCUGUCUCCAUCUCCAUGGCUACCUCGAAUGUGCUGGAGGAGUCCUGCCUGCUGCAGAGAGUCAGAUCUCACAGCGACCCGAGCAGCAUCAUCGUUGAACCUCGUGCCGCCGGAGCUACCGGAGCACAGCGUACUGCAGCAGUGAUGGAGCAGCAGCAGGGGGAGGGUGCUCUGGGGGGUGUGGUCUCGGGGGUGCGGACCCCUCCGGUAAGGAUGAACAGUAAACUGGCCAGUCUGGGACGGAUCUUUAAACCCUGGAAGUGGAGGAAAAAGAAGCAGCAGAACUCCUCAGCUGUAGAGAGGAAGGCAGAGGUACUACAGACCCCAGAACAACUGGUUAGGAGGGGCCUGGAGACCCCAGACCAACUGGUUAGGAGGGGCCUGGAGACCGCAGACCAACUGGUUAGGAGGGGCCUGGAGACCCCAGACCAACUGGUUAGGAGGGGCCUGGAGGGGACUGAGCCAGAGUGUUGUGAGGCGUGUGGGGGGGUAGAAGACCCUCCCAGCCAAUCAGAUGCAGAGGAGGAGGAACCUCUGGCUCCCCUGGCAACCACCUCAGAGGACCUGGUCAGCGACGAAGACAACUCCUCUACAGUGGUGGACCUGACAGAGGAUAUUGUGAUGGUGGCCGUCCCGAGCCAGAGUGAGGAGGAUGCGUCCCUCUGCGACUCAUGUGUGGACAAUACUCUGGGACAGGCUGAGACAGGAGGGGGACAGGAGACACCCCACCCAAUGGACCCCCCAUCCUGCCGGGCCGGCACCCCUCCACCCCCCAACCGGCCCAAACUACUGACCAGGCUGGGCAGUCUAGAGGGUCCUCACCCUUUCCCUAAGUCGGGUGCUAACCCAGAGAGAAAGAAGUCUCCAGCCACUUUCCCCAGGACCUUCACUCUGCCCAGAACCUCCCCGGAUUCCUUGCUGAGAGGACGGAUCACCACGCCUACUGGCUCUCCCCACCUGGGGAUGCUGCACCCCCCACCACCACCCAGCUGCAUCAUUGAGGAGCUCCAUCGCGCCCUGGCCACCAAACACAGACAGCACAGUUUCCAACCAAAUGAGAUACACUCUUCUCCGAAGCGUCGGUCUGACGGUCAUCUGUUGCAUACAGCCAGCGUGGAGAAAGAGCUGUUCGGAGCCUUGGAGAGAGAGAAGGAGAGAGAGAAGGAGAGGGAGAAGGAGAGAGAGAAGGAGAGAGAGAAGGAGAGGGAGAAGGAGAGAGAGAGAGAGUCAGAUGAGAACAAGGAGAACAGACGUCUAGACGAUCCUGACCGUUGGAACGACUCCGUCAUCUCCGGCACCCUGCCGCGGCGGAUGCGUAAGGAGUUGUUAACGGUGAAGCUUCGUAACCGGCCCAGUCAGCAGGAGCUGGAGGACAGAAACAUCUUCCCUGUUCGCUCAGACCUGGAGAGACAGGAGACACGACAGCACAUAGAGACCAAGCUGGCCAAGCGGCUGAGCCAGAGACCCGCGGUAGAGGAGCUGGAGAGUCGGAACAUCCUCAAACAGAGGAAUGACCAGUCAGAGCAGGAGGAGAGGAGGGAGAUCAAACAGAGACUCAACAGGAAGUUGAACCAGCGUCCUACAGUAGAUGAGUUAAGGGACAGGAAGAUACUGAUUCGUUUCAGUGACUAUGUUGAGGUGGCCAAGGCUCAGGACUACGACCGCAGGGCAGAUAAACCCUGGACCAGGCUGUCUGCUUCAGACAAGGCAGCAAUAAGGAAGGAGCUGAAUGAGUUCAAGAAUAACGAGAUGGAGGUUCACAAUUCCAGCAAGCACCUGACAAGGUUCCAUCGGCCGUAGUGUAGUGGUGGUUUCUUCUGCAGAAGCUGGGUGGUCCAAUUAUCAGUGAAGACCAUGUGACAGUGUUCCCAGGCUCCUACCCAUGGCCCCAGACUGUCCUGUCUUGAUAUGUGGGCUAGUUCCCGGAUGUUCGACCUACAGAUAUCUGUCUGUCUUUGUGCCAACUUGGAGGCUGUCUGUCUCUCUGUGUGUCACCAUGGAGGCUAUGUCUCUAGAGCUGGCGCCCAGGAAAGAUCACAGGAGACAUCAGACUGAUAUUCUCCUAAAGGGGCUAUCAAAACGUCUCUGGUCGCUUGCUCCUAGAUGUCAACCAAUGAGAAAAAGAUGAAUGAAAAAGAUGACAGCACUUGUUAGUUGUUAGAGUUGUUUUUCUUUUCACUCCAUACCAGCAGUCUAAAAGAAUCAGAAAACUAUUGCCAUGCAACAAAUGUUUCUCAGAAUUUCUCUUAGUGUGGUUAAAGAAACCUACGAAGAAGAGGCUAAAGGAUGAAAGAGGACAUCCCUGAGACUGCCGCUGUGGAAUAAACUGAAAUAAAUUACGUUGACUGUGAGUGCUUGGGGUCUGGUUUCAUAGUGGAUCCUUGGAUCAGCCACAGGAGGAACUACGAGGAACCUCCAACCUGGAAGAACCAGCCUGAUCGCUGCAUUCACCAUUCUAUUUCACUUCACGCACCAAUCUCACAUUCCUCCUCAGUUUGAGCCUAUGUCUGUGAUGAGAUGCAGUAUUCAAAACGUACUUGCAUCACCUUCAACCAAUCACUGUUUCUGAGAGGAAUCUGAUUGGAUCAGUCAUUUUCCGAUGUAUUCCAAACACCUAUUGGAUAAAGACUAGACAGAUAAGUGCAGUGAGACAGAAUGGCGAAGGCAGCGAUCAGGCUGGUUCCUCCUCCAACCUGCUCAGAGGAAACAGCACAUCUCCUUCAGAGGACCAUCUGAACAUUUUCCUCAACACCUUGUUUCUCCAUGUUAGAGGACGGAGGAGACACAUUGGAAUGCGUCCCAAAUGGCACCAUAUUCCUUAUUUUAUAACAGACUCUUUGAAAGCUGAAAGAACGAUGGCAAAGGAUGUGGUGCAUGUGACCAACGAAACCCAUUUCCUCUCCUCUUCAGAAACACUAGUUAAAGGCUGCAAAAUUCCAGAAAAUUCCAGUUGGAGGGUUUCAGGAUUUUAUGCUUCAUUUAUUCUCUCCUGAUUCCAGGAAUCUCUAACCAGGAUUUCUGGAAAACCUGGGGAUUUUGGGAAAGUGGCAGGAUUUUGCGACCCUAAACGCUAGUCUCCCCUCCAGCACCCAGGCAUCUCUCUCUAUGGGCUGACAGUGUUAUUAAUGUUGUCGGUAACAAUGUCUGUCUAAAGCAGGGGUAUCAAGCUCAUUCCACGGUGGGCCGAGUGUCUGCAGGUUUUUGUUUUUUCCUUUCAAUUAAGACCUAAAUAGUGACCUUAAUUCAUCCAUCAAGUACAAGGGUGGAGAGAGAACCUUCAGAGACACAGCCACCCGUGGAAUGAGUUUAACACGUGGUCUAAAGCACCUUUGUAAGCACUAUUUAUCGUCUGCACAAUACAAGUUGACUUUUUAAGAA